UCGGCGAAAGAGUUCUUUACCACAGUCUUGAAUGGUGUUCUUUAAAAUAUCAAAUCAUUCUUUUUAUAUAUAUUUUAGCAACGCAAUGACAGGAAGGGGAUAUGGGAAGUGACGCACAUAGACUGCUGUUUUAUUUACACUGGAAACCGAACACCCAAGUUUUAAUGUCCUUAAGAUUAGGGGAUCCAAGAAGCGGAAGGAUUCAAGUUCAUUGUGUACAUGAUUCAGUAAACGUUUGCCGAGGAGUCAUACGAAUUACAUAACAGAAACAUGUAAAGUUCAUUGCUGGCGUUAAGAAUGGUGUAAUACUCAUGAGAAAAGUUCAAGAUGAAAACAUACAUUUUCUGACCUUAAUGUCGAGUACAAUUUUCUACUUUUUUAUCUAUUUAAAAUAUCUCCUCUUUCAAACAUUAACGUCGUUACUUAUCUCUUAUUCAAAAGUAAAGAAAUUAUUUGAAUAGCGGACUCUCAUUAUGUGCUUGUUUCAAAAAUGUUAUUAUCAUUAAAGUGUAACGAGUUAGGUCAUUAAAGGCUAUUGUUAGCCCCUCAGGCUGUUCGGAUGUUCAAGGAAAACCCCUACCUUAGCGUGCCUCUACCUCUGCCUAGAAAAUAGUCCCUUAGAGACAGAAGAUAAGAGCCAACAGAAUUCGUAUUGAAGAAGCCCAGAAUUGAAUGACUACAGUAUCGACCUCUGGGCGUUCAAGGAUAGCCAAGCAUCCGCGUUUACAGGGAACAAAGGUAAACGAGAUUUUCAUACCAAAAGGAUGAAGGGAUAUCAAACUACGGUAACAGAUCAGAAACUUUGCCAGUUUUGGGACGCACCUAUAGCGAAGCAGCUCUUGGGAAAAUAUUCAUAUUCUAACCAGUCAAGAUGUCUUCCAAACGAAGCAUGAGCUCCGUGGUUCAUUGCUUAACUCGCAUACGGAAAAUGAGAGCACGGAAUAACCUAGAAGUACCGAGGGAACAGCUAAACGCGAUUCUCUACCCAAUGUACAUGGUCACCUCUUUUAUAGGACACAAAAACAAGCGACAUCCGUGGUUUGGUCGCUUUGGCCUUGUUUUAUGGAUAACGAGUCUCUGUGUUCACUUUGCGUUGGAUUUCUACGAGGCAAAACACAUAUUCGGAACGGCAUGGGCAACAGCUAUAGGGGUCUUUUUUGUUUCGUUUACAUCAGGAACUUAUGUUAUCAUCAAAGAUUUGAUUCCAUGGAUUGAAGACGGACUCGAAAUACUCUACGUUGAUGGGAACUUUACAGAAACGCUGGAGAAAGUCAAGCGAGUUGCUAAGAAGUUACCCAUCAUUGUCCCAGUUGGUGCUUUAUUUGGGAUGUCGGGCCAAUAUAUCUGCUACUAUAUCGAUGGUGCCAUACAGCUGGAGUUGAAAGAGACAUGGGCAUAUGUGACAUUGAAUGUGUUGCGUGUUGUUAGCUUGUUCCACAUCCUGUUUGGUUAUAUACUCAUCCUUGUUCUCCUGCUUUAUGUCAUGUACUUUACUGGCCUCUCCAUGAAUGAGUUUAGAGUUGGAAUAGAAGGCGAGUUUAAAGAAAAACAUGUUCGUCUAACGUUUCGCGAAGCGGUGCAGAUAUUUGAGCAUCGCUCGGCAUUUAUCAGACGCUCUUCGAAUGCUUGUCUGUACAUGCUGGUGAACCUCGUGCUAACCACUGCUCUAUCGUUCGCCAUCAAUGCCUACAAUUUUCUAUUUCUUGACCGCAAGGCGGUCUACCUGUGGUUUGCACUAGUUCCAAUGAUCUGGAGUGUUACACCGCUGACCGUCGCUGCUUGGGCGACAGAAACAUAUCACAGCUACGUCACCACGGUCGUAAAGAGCUGGGGCGAGCAUCCCGAAUCAGAUGAGAGCGAAUCAGAAGGCGAGGAAAUGGACGAGUAUCACGAGGCAAUGAAGAAACUCAAAGUGAACCGCUCUAGAAGUGUGCUCAUAGCAAGCACAAACUUACUCAAAUCUUUGAAACGAAAAAGGUUGAUCCUCAAAAAAGACAGAAGGCUUUCGUUAGUCGCUCAGAGACGAGAGUCUUUGGUGGAGAACCAAUUACCCGGACAAACAAGCCCUAAUAAUUUCCUCACAGUUUCUGAUUCUCUUCAAAGGCUGAACGAAGAGCUCGAUUCUCGUUCACCUCCUACACUUCAUAGUAACAACAACAGCAGCGAGAGUUUACCCUCUAACACACCCCUUAAGGAAUCUCCACGUAAAUCCAAGUUUAACUUCAAGUCAUACGUCAUGUAUUUACAAGGACUUAUACACGAGACUGGGUUUUCUAUUGGAGGGAUCAUCUUGACGUGGGAAAAGGUAUCGAGUUUGGCCAUUUUACUGGUAUCCGUACUUGCUGUUUUUAUACAGGAGAUCUUGUUUGGCAGCAGGAAAAGUACUUUGUUGACGUAAAACAAGCAUAAGUUCUCACAUUAGAUUUGAAUCUGUUUGUAUAUAGAGUUAAAAGAGUCGCACUUGCACGGGUGUAGCAAGGGUGUCACCAGUUUACUUCCGGAGGGCCGACGGAAACCUCAACAGACAAAAUAAUGUAUUAGAAUCAGCCCAAUUUAACAGGCCAUCGGCUUCUCGAAGAAACUCCAUACAGACACACUGCUUUUGAUAUUAUAAAUAUUUUUCGCAUUUUCAGUUAAAAAUCAUCGAAGAAUAUUACGAAAUCGACCGGAAGUAAACUGGUGACUUUGCCUGAAAAAGUAUAUCCCAACAAAAAAUAUAAUAUUCCUGUUAACCUCAUC